AGAAUUAAGGAUUGUCUUGAUGGGUGGCAAUAUUGUUGGAAAGACCUCAGUGAUGAACACAGUUCUGAAAAUUGAACAAGAGAAGAGGGUGACAAAAAAGUGUGUGAUGAGAGAGGGAGAGGUCAAUCAGAGAAAAGUCAUUUUAAUCGACACACCUGGAUGGUGGCCGUACGCGUCUGUAAAGGAGACUUCAGAGUCAGUCAAGCAGGAGAUCAUGUCAAGUGUUAGUAUGUGUUCACCAGGACCUCAUGCAGUUUUGCUGGUUCUGCAGUCUGGUGCUGCCUUUACUGAAGCACAGAGGAGGUCUGUCAAGGAGCACAUGGAGCUCCUGGGUCGAAAUGUCUGGAAGUACUGUAUAGUGGUGUUCACCAGGGGCGACUGGGUGGUCACUCGCACUAUAGAAGAACACAUUGUGAGUGAAGGAGAGGCCCUGCAGUGGUUGAUUAGUAAAUGUGAAAACAGGUAUCAUGUACUGAACUACAUGGAGCAGGGGGAUAGAGAACAGGUCAGAGAGUUGAUGGAGAAAGUGGAGAUGAUGGCCAGAGAAAACACAGAUCUCCUGACACCAGUGGAAGCAGCGAUGGAGGAGACUGACAGCGGCUGGGGAUCAGACCAAGACAUGUUAGAGAGAGGAAGCUUUACUCUGGAGCCACCUAAAAUGAACGAAGAAUACAUUGCAAAAUGGCUUGAAAACACAGAAAUUGUUUCUAACUACAGGACCUUAUCAGACUUCUCAAAAGACAUUUCAGAAGAUGUAUCACUGUAAAAAAUGUACUGUAGAAUUUACAGGAUUUUACUGGCAA